ACCCGUAGACGCAGCUCUGCGCAUGUGCAGGAAGCGCCAGAGUUUCACUUUGUAACUUUUAAGUGGUCCGGACGUCGCCCCGCCCGGCCAGGUGGAGCCAGACCACUCCCUCAGGCCGCGUCAGCAGCGCCGCCGUCGCAGGGACGGCAAGUGCGAUGACCACCUCCCCAUUCCUGGAGCUGUGGCAGUCCAAGACUGUGUCCAUCCGAGAGCAACUGGGCCUUGGGGACCAGCCCAAUGACUCCUACUGCUACAACUCAGCCAAAAACAGCACCGUGCUCCAGGGGGUCACUUUUGGAGGCAUCCCUACUGUCCUGCUCAUAGACGUCAGCUGCUUCCUGUGUUUAAUAUUGGUGUUCUCCAUUAUAAGAAGAAGAUUCUGGGAUUAUGGCCGCAUUGCCCUGGUGUCAGAAACAGACAGUGACUCCAGAUUCCAGAGAUUGUCAUCGACGUCCUCUUCAGGGCAACAUGACUUUGAAAAUGAGCUGGGAUGCUGCCCCUGGCUGACUGCGAUCUUCCGCCUGCAUGAUGACCAGAUCCUGGAGUGGUGUGGGGAGGAUGCCAUCCACUACCUGUCUUUCCAGAGGCACAUCAUCUUCCUGCUGGUGGUGGUCAGCUUCUUGUCCCUGUGUGUCAUCCUGCCUGUCAACCUCUCAGGAGACUUGCUAGACAAAGAUCCUUAUAGCUUUGGAAGAACAACAAUUGCAAACCUGCAGACUGGCAAUGACCUUCUUUGGCUGCACACCAUCUUUGCUGUCAUUUACCUCAUCCUCACCGUGGGCUUCAUGCGGCACCACACCCAGUCCAUCAAGUACAAAGAAGAGAGCCUGGUGAGAAGGACCUUAUUCAUCACAGGACUCUCCAGAGAUACCCAAAAAGAGACAGUGGAGAGCCACUUCCGGGAUGCAUAUCCCACGUGCGAGGUGGUGGAUGUCCAGCUGUGCUACAACGUGGCCAAGCUCAUCUACCUGUGCAAGGAGAGAAAGAAGACAGAGAAGAGCCUGACUUAUUACACAAAUCUGCAAAUGAAGACUGGUCGGGCAACCCUCAUCAACCCCAAGCCCUGUGGCCAGUUUUGCUGCUGUGAAGUGCAGGGCUGUGAGCGGGAGGAUGCCAUCUCUUACUACACACGCCUGAAGGACAGGCUGAUAGAGAGGAUCUCGGCAGAGGAAUGCCAUGUCCAGGAUCAGCCCCUGGGGAUGGCCUUUGUCACCUUCCAGGAGAAGUCCAUGGCCACCUACAUCCUGAAAGACUUCAACGCCUGCAAGUGUCAGGGCCUUCGGUGCAAAGGUGAGCCCCAGCCAUCUUCCUACAGCAGAGAACUCUGCAUCUCCAACUGGACAGUCACCUUUGCCUCAUACCCAGAGGACAUCUGCUGGAAGAACCUCUCCAUCCAGGGCCUCCGCUGGUGGCUCCAGUGGCUGGGCAUCAACUUCACCCUCUUCAUAGUGCUGUUUUUCCUGACCACACCCUCCAUCAUCCUGUCCACCAUGGACAAGUUCAAUGUCACCAAACCCAUCCAUGCAUUAAAUAACCCGAUUGUCAGCCAAUUCUUCCCAACACUCCUCCUCUGGUCCUUCUCGGCCCUGCUCCCAUCCAUUGUCUACUACUCUACGCUGCUGGAGUCUCACUGGACCAAGUCAGGAGAAAACCGGAUCAUGAUGACCAAGGUCUACAUAUUCUUGAUCUUCAUGGUGCUGAUUCUGCCCUCCCUGGGCCUCACCAGUCUGGAUUUUUUCUUCCGGUGGCUGUUUGACAAAACUUCCUCUGAGACCUCUAUCAGAUUGGAGUGCGUCUUCCUGCCAGACCAGGGUGCCUUCUUUGUGAACUACAUCAUUGCCUCAGCCUUCAUCGGCAACGGCAUGGAGCUGCUGCGGCUGCCGGGCCUCAUCCUCUACACCUUCCGCAUGAUCAUGGCCAAAACAGCCGCUGACCGCCGGAAUGUCAAGCAGAACCAGGCCUUCGAGUAUGAGUUUGGAGCCAUGUAUGCGUGGAUGCUGUGCGUCUUCACUGUCAUCAUGGCCUAUAGCAUCACCUGCCCCAUCAUCGUGCCAUUUGGCCUCAUCUACAUUCUGCUCAAGCAUAUGGUGGAUCGACACAACCUCUACUUCGCCUACCUUCCCGCCAAGCUGGAGAAGAGGAUCCACUUUGCUGCAGUGAACCAGGCCUUGGCUGCUCCCAUCCUCUGCCUCUUCUGGCUCUUCUUCUUCUCCUUCCUGCGCCUGGGUCUGAAGGCCCCUGCCACCCUGUUCGCCUUCCUGGUUGUGCUGCUCACCAUCCUGGUCUGCCUGGCCUACACUUGCUUUGGAUGCUUCAAGCACUUCAGCCCUCUGAACUACAAGACAGAAGAAUCAUCAAGUGACAAAGGAAGUGAGACAGAGGCCCACGUGCCCCUACCAUUCACACCCUAUGUGCCCCGGAUUCUGAGUGGUUUGGCCUCGGAGAGGACAGCCCUGUCCCCGCAGCAGCAACAGACCUAUGGCGCCAUCCAUAACAUCAGCGGGACUCUCCCUGGACAGCACUUAGCCCAGAGCCCUGCGGACAAUGUGGUCUCUGCCUACCAGGAGGCCUGAGGGUGGGCAAGCUGAAGAAGACUCAGGUGGAAAAGCAGAUUGACUCCAACCCCUACCAAGUUCAGGACUUCUUUCGAGCUGUUUUAAGCCCCACUGUUCUGAAAAUAUAGAACCAGAAGGGGGAAGGGUUGGGGUGGCCAGGUUAAGAGCCAUCAAGUGGGUUCUCUUUUCUUCUGCUCACAGCAGAAGUGUGGGGAACAGCUGUGGCCCCCCACCCUCAUUUGCUCACCUGCAAUUCUGCACAUUUAUGUUCCCAGCUGCCUCCUGAGCAAGCUUCCAGCUCUAGCAGUCCCAGUGGUUUAUAGCCAAGAUCAUAUGCUGGAAUUUUGUUCCUCAGACAAAGAUUAUGUUGGAUGAGAAGGAGAAAUUGUCUCUCUGAGUACCCAACACAGCCUGUCCCUCUACAGGCUCAUGGACGACUAGUGACCAGAAAGCCUGCAGCGAUCACAUCUGAGAUGAAACCUAGAGGGGAGUCCAGCACCCCACUGGCCCUAGCCAGGCAGCCCUCCAGGCUGCUCCUGAAGUGAGCUGGGGGAGCUGGGGUGGGAGCAUCAGUCCUAGCUGCAGCAGGCUCCUGCCAGCUAUGCAGGUUUUUAUCAUGUUGCCAGGGAUUCUGUGACUCCGUAAGGGAGAGAUGAUGAGGAUCGGGGGACAGAGGUGAGCCCCUUCUUCAAAAAAGGGGCAUCUUCUUCAAGACAAGAUUGGGGAGAAAGGCAGAGAAAAGGAGGGUCACUAAUAAAGUGCCCGCUGGGCUAGGUUGGUGAGAUCUGA